ACAAUCUUCACACAAGAACGCAUGAAGGUAAUCGACUACAUAGCCAUGGUGGGAUCUACAGCUGUUCGUUUUGUGUUUAGAGAGCCUCCCUUAGCCCUUCUGCAGAAUAUAUUCACCCUGCCUUUCACUGGGGCUGUAUGGAUCGCGAUCUUUGUCUGUGUGUUGAGCUGUGCGUUGUUCUUGUAUAUCACUUCGAAGUGGGAAGCUACUGUUGGUAUGCAUCCGAUGCAGCUAAAUGGUUCCUGGGCAGAUGUGUUGAUAUUGAUUAUCGGCGCUGUUCUUCAACAAGGAUGCACUUUAGAGCCAAGAUACGCCGCAGGUAGAUGUGUAACCCUCCUUCUCUUCGUAGCUCUAACAAUCCUGUAUUCAGCCUACUGCGCAAACAUUGUAGUACUACUUCGAGCACCCAGUUCGUCAGUUCGAAGUCUACCCGAUUUGCUGAAUUCACCAUUGAAACUUGGCGCCAGUGAUUUUGAGUACAAUCGGUAUUUCUUUAAGAAAUUGAACGAUCCAAUCAGAAAAGCAAUCUAUGACAAGAAAAUAGCUCCCAAGGGGAAGAAACCCAACUUCUACAGCAUGAAGGAAGGCGUGGAGAAAAUUAGAAAGGGUCUUUUCGCGUUUCACAUGGAAUUGAACCCAGGAUACAGGCUGAUUCAGGAAACAUAUCAAGAGGAGGAAAAAUGUGACCUGGUUGAAAUAGAUUACAUUAACGAAAUUGACCCUUGGGUGCCGGGACAAAAGAGAUCCCCUUAUAAGGACUUGUUUAAAAUCAACUUCAUAAAAAUCCGUGAAACGGGCAUCCAAUCGAACAUCCACCACCGCCUGCAUGUUGGCAAGCCUCGCUGCUCCGGCUCCAUCUCUACGUUCAGCAGUGUUGGCAUUACUGACAUGUAUCCUGCUAUAAUUGCUACGUUGUAUGGCAUGUUACUGGCCCCGGCUGUGCUCGUGCUUGAGAUCAUGUAUAAGAGAUUGAUGGUGGUAAGGCAGAAGAAGAUUGCAAAAGAAAUAGAAUUUAUAACAAGCCGAUUCCGUCCUCCAUACCGCUGGCUCGUAAUUUAUGAUAACACUAAGAAUGACGGCAACGAUCAAAGGACAAUUGACCAACUCUGGACCUUGCCACUUUUGGCUGAUAGUGAUUUUGUUUUGGCUGAACGGAAGGGUAAUGCGCUGACUCUUGUUGAAUUACACAAACCAUCCCCAACCGGGCCUACAUACUCCAACCCUAGAGGUUUCUACAAUGGUACUCUUAUCGACACGAGACCUCGGAGGGAAAUGUUCUGGAGACGGCGGGAUAUCAUGGGACAUCCACUCACUAUGUCCAACGUGAUUCAGGAUAGUAAUACUACCAUGUAUCACUUGGAGGAUCGCUUAAAACUGCAUCACGAUCCCAUAACAAAGUUAUGCUGGAUACACGUGAGGACCGCGUUCAGAAUGUUGAAUGCUACGCCUCGAUACGUGUUUAGUUAUAGAUGGGGAUACAUUAAGGACGGCCAGUGGUCAGGAAUGAUCAAUGAUCUGAGGACUGGGAGGGCUGAUAUAGGUACAAACUGCCUACCAAAUUCAAAACGCCUUGAAGUGGUGGUUUUUACUGACUCCAUAGGACAGUUUGAAGUGAAAUUCAUUUUUCGUCAACCACCCUUAUCCUAUGUGGCUAAUAUAUUUGCUCUUCCGUUUUCGAUUUCAGUUUGGAUUGCAAUAGCGUUGUCUAUUAUUGUUUCAACUGCUGCUAUUUACGUUGCUAGUAGAUGGGAAAUAAAGAGAUUGGGCUUUAAUCCAACUCAGCUUGAUGGAAGUGUAGCAGAUGCUUUGCUGUUAACAAUGAGUGCUAUGAGUCAACAAGGUUGCUCUAAAGAACCGAAGGGGUUAUCAGGUCGCAUAAUGCUCUGGGUGAUAUUCGCUGCGCUCAUGGCGCUAUAUGCAGCAUACGCCGCUCACAUCGUGGUGCUGCUACAGGCACCAUCUUCCUCUAUCAAAACCUUGGAACAGUUGGAGCAGUCUGGCAUGACGAUCGGCGCUAUUGAUACGGAUUAUAACCGCUUCGUGUUCCGGAUGUUCAAAGAUCCUGUAAAACAAGCGAUAUUCAGAAAAGUUGAACCAACUAAAGGAAAACCGCAUUAUUAUAGUCUGAAUGAAGGCGUAAAAAGAAUAAGACAAGGGCUAUUCGCAUACCAUUCCAUACUUGAACCAGUGUACAGACGCGUAGAAGAAACGUUUUUGGAAAUGGAGAAAUGCGACCUCAUGGAGAUUGAUUACAUGAAUGCACGCCAUCCUUUUGUACCAAUUUAUAAACACUCACCAUAUUUAGAACUUCUAAGAGUCGCAUUAAAGCGCAUUCGAGAGUCUGGUAUUCAAUCUGCACUGCAUCGCCGUUUACAAGUACCAAAGCCAAAGUGUUCCGAUAAAAUUUCGUCGUUUAGUAGCGUUGGCCUUUUGAAUCUGCGACCCGUGUUGUAUUUUAUGCUGUACGGGAUUGUGUUAUCCGUUUUUAUCGUCGUCCUUGAAAAUAUCGUAUAUAAAUUGUUAGUACCUAUUACAAGAUUAUUUUAGUACUAUUAUUAUUGCGUACCGUCUUCAUAACAAAUAAUUUCAUCAA